UUUAAAAACCCUCCACGCCAUACAUACUUGACUUUGUUUGUUUACUAAGUAUUGUUUUGCUAAGACGAGGUCCCUCUCCCCUCUCCCACCCCCCCGAACUCAAUUGGACUCUUGUUCUUUGCGCAAGGCAUUCCGUGAUAUUUCACCCCUUUGUGUCGCGCGCGCGCAUUCGCACAUCUGUACCAGAGCUUUGUGGCUUACGAGAGUCUCUCAGCCCCAUCGCAAUUUGUAACGUCAUAAUCUUUUUUCCCGACGCGCCCGGGCGUGAGCAUCUGUCUCGCUUUGUUAUAUUAUACGACUACGACUACGACUACUACGAGCCCUUGAUCGCGAACCGGAUUGUACCAUGGCGACCGAAUACGAGCAACCUGUUUUCACAGCAUCCGCCGACGUCCAACCGCAUACCGAUUCCAGUGGCGUUCAAGGCAUUGGCCAAGGUCCUCAAGUUGUCAGCACCUCGGGUUCGCUGGAUGUUGUGCUCGGGCCGCUGCUGAACUAUAGGCGCACCAGCAAUCAGCAGGUGGGACAGCCCAUAUGGCACGGCAGUGUGCUGGUUGUGACGAAGCCGGGGCAGCAGGAUGCAAACGGAGUACACCCGAGCCCACAGCUGACGCUGUCGCCAGCCGGUGCUGUAGACAGGUCGCUUGGCGAUGUGAGGUUCAGCGUUGCGGAGAGGGUCUUUCACGGCCAGAAGCUGUAUGAAGACUCCAAAAAGGCGUUUUGGCGCUUUCUCAUCGACGCGCCCAUGCAGCCGUUCGAAUCGAGGUGGAACUACGACAUCCAGAGUCUCAAGUAUGUCGAUGGCAAGAAGGAGGAGAAGCCGACGAGAUUUGUGAUUCCCUCCAUUUCUCAGUCCAUGCGCAUCAUGUUCCACUCUUGCAAUGGCUUUAGUGUUGGAACAGACUUGGAUGUUUGGCAGGGACCUGUGCUUUGGAAUGAUGUCCUCCGCAUGCACGACCAGCGACCUUUCCACGUCAUGAUUGGUGGUGGUGACCAGAUCUACAACGAUGGAGUGCGAGUAGAUGGUCCACUUAAGCCCUGGACCGACAUCUCAAACCCCCACAAGCGACGCGAGUUUCCCUUUGACAGGCAGAUGCGUGACGAAUGCGACGAGUACUACUACAACAACUAUGUCCGGUGGUAUGGCACGGCCCCCUUUUCCACCGCCAACAGUCAGAUUCCUCAAGUUAACAUCUGGGAUGACCACGACAUUAUUGAUGGAUUUGGUUCCUACACCGAUCACUUCAUGAACUGCUCUGUUUUCCGCGGUAUCGGAGGAGUGGCUCACAAGUACUAUCUUUUGUUCCAGCAUCAUCUUGCUCCCCCACCGAGUACCUAUACCACGGAUGCUCCCCAGACGACGGCCGUACAUGCUCAAGGAGAGAAGACUACGCCUGUAGAUCAUGCCCAGGUCCAGGAUACGUUUGUAAUGACCAACGAUGAAGGCGAUCCAUCGUACAUUAUUGGUUCCAAGCCUGGCCCGUAUGUCGAGGAACGGAGCCGCAAUAUUUACUGCCAGUUAGGUGCACGAAUUGCUUUUGCUGGUAUUGAUGCCCGAACAGAGCGCACAAGACACCAGGUUAACUACCCGGAGACGUACAAGCUCUUGUUUGAUCGUUUAGAUGCAGAGUUUACUGCUAACCCAGAGCUCAAACACAUGAUCUUGCUACUCGGUGUUCCUAUCGCGUAUCCUCGUUUGAUCUGGCUUGAGAACAUUCUGCAGUCGCCUCUGAUUGCGCCCAUCAAGUUUUUGAACAAGCGCUUUGGCUUUGCUGGUGGCUUCUUUAACCAAUUUGACGGCAAGGUCGAUUUGCUUGACGAUCUCGACGACCACUACACAGCCCGCCAGCACAAGGAGGAGCGCAGGCAGCUCAUGCACAAGUUGCAAGCCUUUUCCCAGAAGUUCUCUGCCCGAGUCACUAUUCUUGGAGGAGACGUCCAUCUCGGAGCCAUUGGCCGCUUCUACUCCAACGCCAAACAAGGACUCCGUGCCGAAGAGGACUGGCGCUAUAUGCCCAACAUCAUCAGUUCGGCCAUCACCAACAAGCCCCCACCGCAAGCCGUAGCCAACCUCCUCGCCAAACGCAACAAGAUCCACCACCUCGACAAGGAAACCGACGAGACGCUCCUCGAAAUCUUCGACCGCGACCCAGCCCUCCCAGACGGCGUCGUCGCAAACGGCACAAACGGAACCACCGACUCCAAUGGCACCCCCAAACCCGAAUCCAAAACCUCCGACUCAAACCACGCUACCAUGCCCUCGCGCAACUACGCCAUCAUCUGCGAAUCCAGCAUCCCCCCCGCCGCAACCUUGACCGCACCAGGCCCCCAACCCGGCGCCACACCCUCGGUCCACACAAACGGCGACGCAAAAUCCACCAUGAGCGAAGCUCCCGGCGCAAAAGAUAACAUGCGCCAACCCUUCCAUCUCGGCGAGCAUGGCGCAGGCACCCAGCACCCGGCCGCCAACGGCAUCCAGCCCUCGGGCCUGUGCGGACCGUACGGUCUCGAUGUCACGCUUCGAGUGGAGAUUAGUAAUAAGGAUAGGGAGGGAAGGACGGAUGGGUAUGGGUUUACGAUUCCAGGGCUUGUUGUGAGUGAGGCUAUGAAGGCCAAGGGGAGACAUUGGUAAGGAAAAAAGUUUAUACAUAUGUAUAUGCGUGUAUGAGAGAAGGAAGGGUGGUGGUGUGUAAAGUGAUACUUAAUUUUUUGGGGGGGAGAAUUUUAUUGGUCCGGCUUGACGUUGGAUAGUUACAUACCCUUGGAACUAAGUGCGUUUUCUGUCUUUUUUUUCAUGUUAUGGUAAUUUGACAUGUUUGGGGUUUUUUUUUGUGAACACAGUGUUUGAGGCAAUGGAACAAGUUGAUGC